GGGACAAUAUCACAGGGGGGUGUGAACCGUUGUUUAUCAUUCUUUCAGACAAAUUGAGCAAGGAGUGACUGCAACGAAGCGUGCUUUUAGUAUUUUUAACUCGUUUGAAAAGGCUGUAAAACACGUUUUAAGCUAAAUAUUAGGAAUUGUUAGUAUAGAGCGACGCUUUAAUCCUUGCAAAGGCUUGUUAUUUGUUUGGAAAACGCUGUCGAAUCGCCAUUUGAACUCGGCUACUUUCGUGUGUACAGAAGCGUUACUCGACAAAAUGUCGAAGCUCGAUGAUUUUAGUGAUUUGGACGAUCUUCACUUACUCGAAGGGCUUUCAUUGCAAGAAAUAGAAGAACUUUCCGAAGCUAUUGACCCUGAGGUAAGAACGAAAAUAGGUUUAUAAAAACUAGAAGAACUGCCUGGUAUUUAUGAAAUUAGAAAUGAUAUAUAUACAGUAUAUUCGACUCGCUUUAGCCUUUAGGCAGUUUUGGGGUUUGCGAUUAAAGGUUAUAUUGUGUAUAUUGCCCGGGAAUUUUUGUUUGGGAAAAUUUGCUUUCUUUGUGUUUUAGGAAGGCCUUUAUGAGGUAAUUUCUGAUAUAUAUUACAGUCUAAAAAAAAUUGAUGCUUGAUAUAGUAUAAUUUUGAACUUUUCUUGUAUUAGAGUUUAGGCGCAUAACGCAGUAUAAUUUAUGUCUGUUUGAAAAACAACUGCAUUAUUUAUUGUGGUUAAUAUGUUACGUAUAGUGUUUGUGCAUUUGUUGGAAAUUUUCAGAACUGGGAAAACAAUUGUUUUUAUUUCUUUAUAAGCUUAGCCUGAAGUGCUUUACUGCUUUUAUAUUGAUUUGGAGUUAGAUGUCAAAGGCUAAAAGAUCCUAUAAGGAUGCCACACUUGGUUGCUAAGAGCUUAGUGGAAAUUAAUCAUCAUAUUUGUCCGUCUUUGUGAAGAGUGUUAUAAGCUGUAUGUGAAAGCUUCACAGGUGAUAUCAUAUGCUACUUGACAUCUUGCCUAUUAAAAGUAUUUGCUGGUAUGAUGAUGCUGAAAAAUAUUUCUCAAAGCACACCGGGGAGAUUACUAAUAACUGUCCCUCCUACUACAGCUGAGUAAAUAACAUGCAAUCCAUGCCAAACACAGCUUUGUCAAUUCUAAUUUUGAUAGCAAAAACAAGUUUCAAUGGUCUGUUGAAAAUUUGCCUGCUUUUGAGUGACUCGAUAUUCUCCCCAGUAAGCUUACCAAAAUUUUCAUGAUUUGCACACACAGCACCAUGUCUCCCACUCCCCACCCUGUGAAACAUCUACAGACAGGUAUAGGGGAGGGUGCACCCCUUGAAAAAUUUACUUUCAUCUCCACCAGAUAAACCUGGACUGUAAUAAUUCACCAAAGUGGUAGUGAAUAGUGGGACGAUAUUCACCAAAAUGUGAAGCGUUGAGGUGCAUAUCCUUGCAAUAUAUAUUUUUUUUAAUCUUCAUUAUUUACCGACAGUGAAUAAUAGUCUCGGCACAUACCACAACCAAAUCAAAAUGACUAAAAAACAACGAAAAUGUUUUUAAAUCAAUUUGUAUUUCUGCUUCAGUAAUAGUUGUAAACAAAAUGGCAUUUUCAUGCUUUUAGUAAAUAUUAUUCAUUAGAAAUAGCUUUAAAGAAUACAUCUACACACUGCUAAACAAAAGUUUAUGACUUUCUUUGUGUUUGGAAAAACCGGCCCCUUCAUUUAGUACACAAGCCGCAUGUAAGGAUAUCUAGAGCUAAGCAACCAAUCAAAUUGUGUGAAAAGCAGUAUCACCCUAUAUAUGCUAAAACGUAUUAUUUUUGUACAUUAGAAUGAGCUGUUGCCCGCAGCGGAGCGGCAACCAGAUCAGACGGACAAAGAGGAGACUGGCCCCUAUAACCGAGACCAUCUUCUAAAACACAUGGAGAAGGAAGCCGUAGAGUCUAAGGUUGGCGACAAUUAUUUGCCGUUCAAAAAAGAAACUCGAGGCAAGAUCUGGAAACCCAAGCCAAGACGUCAGACUCCGGCUACCAUUCUUCCCGAUGACCUCAGUGAAGCACUGGAUGGAGCGUCGGUUGAUGAAAUAGCAGAACUUGCAGGUAUGCAUUGGUAAACAUAUAUAUAAUCUGGAUUCAGCAACCCUCAGGGUUCAAAUUAACAGCUCACUAUUUGCAGUUUGCAAAAGUAAAUUUGAAUGCAAAAUCGAUUAUUUUGCAAAUGACUUUUUUAACGUUUACAAUAAUUUUGCAAAUUUUUUUAAGGUUUACAAUGAAAGUUGAUUUUCACAAUCACUUUGAAUAUUUUUUACUAUAGUGUAAGACAUGAAGCAUUUUGCAGACUAUUGUUGUAAUUUUGUACUAAAAGGAUGUGUAAAAUGAAAUAAUGAUUUCAGAAAAUCUACAAUUUCUUCAGAAAAUUUACGAAAUUUGCUAUGAAACGGCCGCCAUUUUGUUUUUCACAAGCAGUGUUCCCACUUUUCAAAACUGAAAUUUCCUUAAAAUUUUCAAGAAGGAAAUUUGCAAAUCGAUUUUCCUCUCUAACUUGAACCCUGAAGUUACAUUACAAUAUGCUACUUAUAGAAUGGCUCCAACCUCGAAAACAUAUUUUAUUAUUUCAACUUACCGUACUUUCACUGUUCUUCACUCUAGCUGUACUUGGCCUGCAUGGCCUUCUCACCCAGGAACAAAGUUCAUACAGUGAUGUGGAUAUGAUUGGAAAAUCUUUACGUGGAAGUGGUUUACGAAAAGCAAAACCCAGUAAGUAGCUACGAUAAUAUCAACCAAUUACAUCAAGUAUUAUGCUUAGGCGUAAAAAAUACCUGUUGUUCCGGUUUCAUGUCGCGAAAAAAUUAGGGUUGGUAGGUCAGAAAUAUUUUUUUUGAAUAUUUUUUUCAUGGUUUUUUCAAUAAUUAGUGUGACAACAUACGCCAUUUUGGCAGCAGCCCGCAACCACCCGGAGAAAAUAGGGUUGUACAGUCAAUCGCGUUGAAAAAAUAAUAGGAUUUUUUUCUGUGUUGGUGUUGUAUAGUCAGGUGAAUAUGAUGCUUGUGAUGUUACUCCGAGUGUAUAUCCACACCGGACGAGCUUGAAAAAAAUCAUAUUACUAGAUUACACUGGUAUCGUAGGUUUGGUCGUAGGUUCGAUUCCCACCGUGGCCGGGCAUAUUUUCCAAGCUCGUCCAGUGUGGAUAUACUCUCAGAGUAACAUCACAAACAUCAAAAUAAUAGGGUCGGCAGAAAAAAAUAGGGUUGGUCAGGAACCGGAACCACAGGUAUUUUUUUACACCUUACUUAUAGUACUAAUUUGCCUAGACUAUUUAUCUUUACAACAAUUGUGAUAUUACUUUCCUAAUUAUGUUUAUUCUGAGGACUGCGCCACCAAAAUGAAAUUUGAUACUUCCAAAAAAAAUUAAAACCAUGUGUGGAAAAGGAAUCUUCUCUUUCUGGGAACCUGUUAUCUUUACCAGUACUUUUUAUGUCAUAGGAAUGAAUGACUAUACUAUACUAUAGCAUUUCAUAACUUUAUGUUGCCUUCUCCUAAGUAAAGGUUUCCUGAUUUUAAUUGUGGAUGCUACUUUUAAAUUUUCAGAAUUUGUCAGGGCCACAAAACAGAAAAAGGACAACAGUCUGAACGCCGUGAAUGAAUUAGACCUGGCUGAUGCUUUAGAAAAACUGAAGUCCAAUGAUCCAAAUUUAACAAAUCUUAACAUAAAUAACCAUAAAGACAUUAGCGAGUUGAAUGCAAUUCAAGCGAUAAUUGAAUGCAUACCAAGUAAUACACACUUAAAGAUUCUGUGUAUGGCAAACACACAGAUGCAUGAUCGACAUGCCAAGGUAGGGAUUAUGCCUGGAAUUGUCACUAGGGAUGAGCCGAUAAGGAAAAUUGCCAAUUACUGAGGCCGAUUAUUUAUCAGCCGAUUAUCAAAACUAAUCGGCCGAUUAAUCGGUACCUGCCGAUUAUUUUAAAAAGCAAGCGAAAAAUCACAAGAUGACCAACAAUGAAGUUGUAAAUGCGAUUUUAUUGUUUACAACACACACUAUGUACAAUUAAAAACAGCUUCAAUCUUGCAUGUCAAUAGUCAAAGUUUAGUUUUGGCAGAUUAUGGUGUAAAAACAGGAUAUUGUCAGCUAUGCGGAGCUAGUCUGCUGCGUUUUUCAGUGGAAAUGUUCCCAGCUUCACUUCGCUUGAGACAAAAGACACAGAUUUUGCAACAAAAUGUGAAAAUCUAUUCGCUUGUAUUCAGUAUUUUAGCAUGUGCUUGGCAGCUGCAGAAAAAGUCUUAUGGCCGAUUAUCAGGCAAUAAUCGGCCGAUUACCGAUUAUUUGAAAAACGGCCGAUUAAUCGGCUUUGCCGAUUAAUUACCGAUUAAUCGGCUCAUCCCUAAUUGUCACAUAUGAAAAACAUUGUCUUCCUGAUGCAUAACACUUGAACACUUCAACGUUUGAAAUGAGCAUUUCAAGGUUUCAAUUAGCUCAGCCAAUUAGUGCGAGGAUAAAUAAAGUUGAUUGGAUGAUCUGAUGGUCUGAGCACAGGCGUUCGUUUUGCUUCGAUUUAGGGCAGCAAAUUGAAGAUCUAUGCUCAGGCUACUGAUCUGAUUAAAUCGUGUUGUUUUAGCUCUUGACAAACAUGAAAUAUAACCAUAAUAUAUAACCACAGUGUUUUGAUCUAAAACUUUGUAGGGCUAGUUGGCUGUGUUGUAGAAAAUACUUUAUUACAAACAUUUGGUAUUUUUAAUACUCUGUCUGAUGCCAGAUGAUUUUAUUCAUCAAGGGGAUAGUGCUCAAUGCCUCAAUGUGUUAAUACCAAAGGCUUUAUCAUCGGGGGCCGGUUGUUCAAAACUGUGUUAGUUUAACCCUAGGUUAAUCUAAAAUGCAAAGCAAACAUCCUCACAGCUUGUCUAUAAAUUUGGAAAUACUUCUUCAGAGAUCUUGUCUGGAUCGAUAGGAGUUCACUUCUCUGAAGUUUUGAAAUAAACAGACGUGCAGAAAUAUACACAAACUAAAACAGCGGGUUAAAUUUUAACCCAGAGUUAGCAAUAAUCCACCUUUGAGCAACCGGCCCCAGGGUAAUAGGAUGUAAAUGACUGUACUUUCUAAUACACAUUUGUUGUACUGUAUUGGCAUUUUAUUCAAAGUAUUAAAAUGUAUUAUUAUAAACAACUUGUACUUUUUGUUUGGCAGGAAUUAGCCAAAGCGUUGGGGGAAAAUUCAACACUAGAAUCUGUGAAUAUUGAAUCAAACUAUCUGACUGGAGAGGGGAUCAAGUGUGUAGCACAAGUAUUAAGAGAUAAUACAAUUAUAAAAGAACUUCGCAUUGCCAAUCAGGUGUGUGUUUUGUGCACUUAUGAAUUACAAAAUCCACUAUAGUCCCUUUGCACUGACGUCACAAAUCCUUAGAGUGUCCUCCAGAUGCUCCCUAACAAUAUCUGUUCGGGUACAACAACCUCAUACAGCCAAAAAAUUAACCAUUUUAAUACAAAAUUAUUAUAAACUUUUGCAAAAUUUGGUUUGUUUACAAAAGUUAUAUUAUGCAUAGAUUGCUAAUUUGUCCUCCAGAUGCAUCGUCACCGGCGCUGUGACGUCAUGUGCAAAGGGUCUAUAUUGAUAAUUAAUAAUGUAGACGUAUGUUCUUCAAAUAAAAUUCAAUAAUAUAUAUUUAUUUAAUCAUUUAGUCGCAAAUGAUAGGCAGUCAAGCUGAAGACGAAAUUGCCAAUGUUUUGAAAGAAAACAAAACUUUACUGAAAUUGGGAUGUUCAUUUGAUUCCCGUGGACCUCAAGUGUUGGUAGAUCAGUACAUUCUGAGAAAUAAUGAAUUAGGUUGGUCUUAUUUAGCCUUUCCAGUCAUCCUGCAUGUGUAUAAUUCGUGUAAUCAUAACCUAUCAUUGACUUUCUAUCCAACGUUGUUCUAAGUAUUAGUCAAAAGUAACCAACUUUAGAGUUUAGUAUUUAGGUGAUUGUUAAAAAUUCUCCACGCUGAUUGGUCGCCGUUGAGGUGAUUAUAACGCGAUAAUCAUCUACAGUAAGCGAUUUUCGAAAUGGCGGCCGAAGCCGUUUUGUCAACUAAAUGACGAAGAAAUGUGUAUUUUUCAUUUUUCCCCAAAAAUUCCCAAAUAAUCACCUAUGAAAUUAUACUAAAACAAUUAUUCACCUCUGAAAUAAUCACCUAUAAAAUUAUACUAAAACAAUUAUUCACCUCUGCAGGCUCGGUGAUUAUCGUGAAUAAAAACGUCGAUUUCAUCUCGGUUUUUAUUCACCGAUAAUCAUCUCGCCUUCGGCGAAUAAUCAUUAAAUAUUCUGUACUACAUUCUGCUACUUCUAUUGUAACCCUAUUAUAUCCAUAGAUAUCUUAUAUACACUAGAUAGCGCAUCUCUUUUAGUAAAAUUGAAGCCAAUAAUAUUCCAGCGGUUACCCCCAUUUGAAUAGAUGGCGGCCAUGUUGGAGUUUCCCACUCACUAAUAAACGCUUAAAAAACAACAAUAACUUUCAUCAUUUGAAUAGUUUGAAAAUGUAUUUGGAAUAGGUUUAACUUAAUGUUUAAGUUCCCUGUUUAAGAAAUAGAAAACAUACGAGUCUUCUCAUUUCAUGGGAAUAUCCUGAGUCUGCAAUCACGGCUUCGAAUAAUUAGAUGCACUAUCUAGUGUAUAUAAGAUAUCUAUGAUUAUAUCCCACACUUUGUGUUAUUCAACUAUUCAUCAAACAAUCUGCUGACUUCUAACAUUUCUGUGUAAAAUUUAGCCCGCAAAGAACGUAAACGCUUGGAGGAAGAAUGAAGAAAAUGAUGUUAAGAAAAGGUUGACAUUUCCUGUGCUCAAGUGUAAUUAUUCAUGUUCAAAUAUCUUGUGAUUAUAUCUCGUGCAAUUGUGUAUUGUAGAAAAUAGAUUUUAUUUUAUUUAUAAGGGCAGCAGGGUUUUCUUUUAUCCAGUAGCAGUGCUAACACGUUUUCAAUGCCGUUCUCUCAUACAAAUUACAAGUCUCUCUAACCAAUAAGAUAUCAACUAGUAUUCCAUGACAAUAGUCAAUAUCAUAUUCACUGAUUAAUAGCAUAUCUAGACCAUAAUAGAUAUAAUUCUUGAAAGAUGUACGAUAUUAUAUGGGCUGUGUGACUCAAUACAAAACCUCCUCGAUCAAUUUUGAUGUCUGCCAUUUUAAUCACUGUUACUGUAUGUACAUUGUAUUGGAACCUUUAAAUAGUCUUGAUGUAACUUAUUUUAAAGUAUCAUAGUAUUAAUAAAGAUAGAUAGUGAGUAAUAAAAAGAAAGUCUGACAUAUUUCAGUAAUGUUUUUGUUCAAUUGAAAUUCAUGUUGCCUCCAUCACAGUCUGUUGCGCUAGAAAUCUUUUUGACGAUCGCCUGGAAAAAAAAGACCACAAUGUUAUUUUUUAUUUAUAUU